AUGGAGGAGAAAUACGGCGGGGACGUGCUCGCCGGCCCCGGCGGCGGCGGCGGCGGCGGCCGCCUCGGGCCGGUGGACGUGCCCAGCGCUCGAUUCACGAAAUAUAUUGUGUUACUAUGUUUCACUAAAUUCUUGAAGGCAGUGGGACUUUUUGAAUCAUAUGAUCUCCUAAAAGCAGUUCACAUUGUUCAGUUCAUUUUUAUAUUAAAGCUUGGGACUGCAUUUAUUUUGGUUUUGUUUCAAAAGCCAUUUUCUUCUGGAAAAAGUAUUACCAGACACCAGUGGAUCAAAAUAUUUAAACAUGCAGUUGCUGGGUGUAUCAUUUCACUCUUGUGGUUUUUUGGCCUCACUCUUUGUGGACCACUAAGGACUUUGCUGCUAUUUGAACACAGUGAUAUUGUUGUCAUCUCCCUACUCAGUGUUUUGUUCACUGGUUCUGGAGGAGGACCAGCAAAGACAAGGGGGGCUGCUUUUUUUAUUAUUGCUGUGAUCUGCCUAUUGCUUUUCGACAAUGAUGAUCUCAUGGCUAAAAUGGCUGAACACCCUGAAGGACAUCAUGACAGUGCUCUAACUCAUAUGCUUUACACAGCCAUUGCCUUCUUAGGUGUGGCAGAUCACAAGGGUGGAGUAUUAUUGCUAGUUCUGGCUUUGUGUUGUAAAGUUGGUUUUCAUACAGCUUCCAGAAAGCUCUCUCUAGAUGUUGGUGGAGCCAAACGUCUUCAAGCUUUAUCCCAUCUUGUUUCUGUGCUUCUCUUGUGUCCAUGGGUCAUUGUUCUUUCUGUGACAACUGAGAGUAAAGUCGAGUCUUGGUUUUCUCUCGUUACACCUUUCACAACGGUUAUCUUUUUUGUCAUGAUCCUGGAUUUCUAUGUCGAUGCCAUUUGUUCAGUCAAAAUAGAAGUUAACAAAUGUGCCCGCUAUGGAUCCUUCACCAUUUUCAUUAGUGCUCUACUUUUUGGAAAUUUUUGGACGCAUCCAAUAACAGAUCAGCUUCGGGCUAUGAACAGAGCAGCACACCAGGAGAGCACGGAGCAUGUCCUGUCUGGAGGAGUGGUAGUGAGCGCUAUAUUCUUCAUUUUGUCUGCUAACAUCUUAUCAUCUCCCUCUAAGAGAGGACAGAAAGGUACCCUAAUUGGAUACUCUCCUGAAGGAACACCUCUUUAUAACUUCAUGGGCGAUGCUUUUCAGCAUACCUCCCAAUCCAUUCCUAGGUUUAUUAAGGAAUCACUAAAACAGAUUCUCGAGGAGAAUGACUCUAGGCAGAUCUUUUACUUCUUGUGUUUGAAUCUGCUUUUUACCUUUGUGGAAUUAUUUUAUGGCGUGUUGACCAAUAGUCUGGGUCUGAUCUCAGAUGGAUUUCACAUGCUCUUUGACUGCUCUGCUUUGGUCAUGGGACUUUUUGCUGCCCUAAUGAGUAGAUGGAAAGCAACUCGGAUUUUCUCCUAUGGGUAUGGCCGAAUAGAAAUUCUUUCUGGCUUUAUUAAUGGACUUUUUCUAAUGGUAAUAGCUUUCUUUGUGUUUAUGGAGUCAGUGGCUAGAUUAAUUGAUCCUCCGGAACUAGACACACACAUGUUAACACCAGUCUCAGUUGGAGGACUGAUAGUAAACCUUAUUGGUAUCUGUGCCUUUAGCCAUGCCCAUAACCAUACCCAUGGAGUUUCUCAAGGAAGCUGUCACUCAUCUGAUCACAGCCAUUCACACCAUACGCACAGCCACAGUGACCAUGGGCACGGUCACAGCCAUGGAUCUGCAGGCGGAGGCAUGAAUGCUAACAUGAGGGGUGUAUUUCUACAUGUUUUGGCAGACACACUUGGCAGUGUUGGUGUGAUUGUAUCCACAAUUCUUAUAGAGCAGUUUGGAUGGUUUAUUGCUGAUCCCCUCUGUUCUCUUUUUAUUGCUAUAUUAAUAUUUCUCAGUGUUAUUCCACUGAUUAAAGAUGCCUGUCAGGUUCUACUUCUGAGACUGCCACCAGAAUAUGAAAAAGAAUUACAUCUUGCUUUAGAAAAGAUACAAAAAAUUGAAGGAUUAAUAUCAUACCGAGACCCUCAUUUUUGGCGUCAUUCUGCCAAUAUUGUGGCAGGAACAAUUCAUAUACAAGUGACAUCUGAUGUGCUGGAACAAAGAAUAGUACAGCAGGUUACAGGAAUACUUAAAGAUGCUGGAGUAAACAAUUUAACAAUUCAAGUGGAAAAAGAGGCAUACUUUCAACAUAUGUCUGGCCUAAGUACUGGAUUUCAUGAUGUCCUGGCUAUGACAAAACAAAUGGAGUCCAUGAAAUACUACAAAGAUGGUACUUACAUCAUGUGA